AUGUCAGACUCUUUUGUGCUGCACGAAGAGCUGUUGAAAUUGCAAGAAAAAGAUUAUUUCAUACAUAAUGAAGUUCAAAUUACUGAUAUAAAUGAAAAGGACCUUGAAGGCUUACUUGAUGAUAUAGUUGAAAAAAUAGUGGUCUCCUCUUCUGUAAUCACCGAACCCGAGAUAUUUGAUGCGUUGCGUUCGAAUUUCAAUAAACUGAAACCUUCAGUAAUGAGUCGAAUCCUAGAUACAAUUAUAUCCGGACUUCAAUCAGAGGUUGAAAAUACUGCAAGAGAUAUAGAUGCAAAUGAUGAGGAAACUUUUCCAAGUCACCGAGAAUCACUGGAAAUGUACGCGUUUUUGUUAGGUUGGAUAAUUAACCAGGCAGAAACUAAAGCGGCAUCAAAAAAUACGUCAGUUACUGCCGGGUCAAGUAUGGGAGAAGAAUCUGCGGUCAAUGCUCGUGGCAGCGUCAGCGGAAGAGGGAAGGGGAAAAAAAUACCCAAAACUUCUGAUUCCGAAGGAUGGAAUUGGCCUGCGCAAAAAAUUAUAGCAUUGGAAUUGAUAGCUUCGAUUUUGGAUUUAGGGAUCAACAAAAUAUGGACUUCUAUUCAUGAGAGGGAUACAUUUGUUAGUGUGUUUACGAAACCAGCAUACCAAAUGCUGGAAAACACUGCAAACACUAGGGUCGCAAAAAUUAAGCUUUGUGCACAAACAACCAUCAUCCAAAAUUUACAAUAUUAUGAACAUCUUUCCGAACCAAUGGCCGAAUUCCUGGAGGUGUUGGCAAAUAAAUUUGAUCAUACACAAUUGGCUGAAGAAAUCCUAAUUGAAAUAAGCAACAAAGAAUUUAAAGCCCAAGAUACAACCACGCCAAAAUCGUACUCCAAAUUCUUGUUCAAGUUUUCCGAGUUGGUUCCAAAAUUAGUGUUAAAACAUAUUGGGCUUUUGAUCAAGCAUUUGGAUAGUGAGUCGUACACGAUGCGGUGUGGAAUUCUUGAAGUUAUUGGUUGUCUUAUUUCACAUAUCGCAAAUCAGGAGGAACAGACCGAAGUCUCAAAAAAUCAAGUUAACGGUUUCUUUGAUGUUCUUGAAGAACGGUUUCUUGACAGUCAUACUUACUGCCGUUCAAAACUUUUACAAGUUUGUCUUAAAUUAUGCGACCUAAAAGUCAAAUUCCCGAAACGUCGACAAAGACUCACCGACUUGGUUAUCAGAUCUUUGGAAGACAAAAGUUCAACAGUACGAAAAAAUGCAAUCAAAUUGCUUACCAAACUAAUCACAACUCAUCCAUAUGGAAUUAUGCAUGGUGGUGAAUUAACGAUUAAUGAAUGGGAAGAAAGAUUGCACAAAGCUGAUGAAGAAUUGAAGGCGGUAUUACCACCAACCGAAUUACAAGGAAUCGAAGAAAAUCAGCCAGAAAUCGUUGACGAAGAAAAUAAAGAAAAUGAUACUUCGUUGCUAUCGAUCGACCGUUCAAAUGGAAAUGAAGGCGAGCCAAUAGUGACCAAUGAUGUGCUCACAAAAUUACAACUAACCAAACGAUUUUACGCGGAUGCUGUACGAUUUAUUCACCAAAUUCAUACGGCUAUCCCGACACUGUGUGUAUUGUUGGCUUCAACUAAUAAGGCCGAAGUGCUAGAAGCAAUAGAAUUUUUUGUCGCAGCCCAUACUUAUAAGAUUGAGAAGGCAAGUGAAGGAAUAAAAAAGAUGGUGCAUCUUAUUUGGACCAAAGAUAAUAGUGACGAAGGAAAAGGCAUCAGAAAACGUCUAAUCGAUUCAUAUCGGACACUUUAUCUUACCCCUGACGACUCAUUGACAGAAAAUGAAAAUGUUGAUAUUAUGACAAAAAAUUUGAUAAGUCUUACUUUUAACGCGACUUUGGCCGAAUUAACCUCCCUUGAUUUACUAUUGAGUACAAUGAUGACUGAGGCAGAUGGAUGUAUUUCGGACAAUAUAAUUGAGAAAUUAUGGUCCGUGUAUGCUACUACACGUAAUAUUUCCAAAGUUCAACGUCGAGGAGCAAUAAUUGUGUUGGGCAUGCUUGCAAAAGCCAAAAUUGAAAUCAUUUCCGAAAAGACAGAUUUUCUUCUCAAAAUUGGUCUUGGAUCUUUAGGCAAGGCUGAUUUGACCUUAGCAAGAUAUACUUGUAUUGCAUUACAACGACUUGCUGGAAGUCAAGCAAAGAAUGAUUCGAUCCGUUUCCCUAUGACUCAUUUGAUUUUUCAACGUCUUCAAGAAAUUAUCGAAUUUCCCACAAAAUCCCACGAAUGGUUUGCUGUUGCUGAGCAAGCAAUCAAUACAAUCUAUCUUCUUGGCGAACAUCCCGAUAUACUGUGUGGUAAUAUCAUUAAGAAAAGAACAGGUUUGGUAUUCGAUAUUAAGCCACCAUCCACCAGAGAAUCCAGUAUAGAUCAGGAUGAAAGCAUUCUCGGAUCCCAAGAAACAUUUACGACGCAUCCUAUCCAUUUGAGUCAACUUUUAUUUAUCGUUGGUCAUGUGGCAAUUAAACAAAUCGUACACCUUGAAGUUAUUGAAGCUGAAUGGAAACGUAGGAAAGUCGAUAGCGAUUCAAAGGACAAGGCAAGAACUGUGACCAAGACAGCUGAAGACGAAUUAGAUCAAAUUGCUGGUACAACUGAAGAUGAAUUCGGUGAAGCAGUUUCUCAUAUCCGUGAAAAAGAAUUGUUAUUUGGCUCGAAUUCAUUAUUACCUAUUUUCGGAUCUAUGGCUGUUCAUAUAUGUUCAAAUAAUAAAGCUUAUAAAGAUCCAACUUUGCAAAUCGCAGCUACCUUGGCUCUUUCCAAAUUCAUGUGUGUCAGUUCUGAAUUUUGCGAAAACAAUUUACAGUUAUUGUUAACUAUCCUGGAACGUACCACCGAGCCAAUCAUUCGGAGCAACAUUAUCAUUGCUCUUGGUGAUAUGACAGUUUGCUUCAAUAAUAUUAUCGAUGAAAAUAUCAAUUAUCUGUAUAAACGUCUUGCUGACCCAGAUAUCAUGGUAAAAAAGAACACGUUGAUGGUGUUAACUCACUUGAUUUUGAAUGGAAUGAUUAAAGUCAAAGGACAGUUGGGAGAGAUGGCGAAAUGUUUGGAAGAUAAAGAUGAAAGGAUAAGUGAUCUCGCAAAGCUUUUCUUUACUGAGCUUGCCUCAAAAGACAACGCCGUUUACAAUAAUUUGCCAGAUAUAAUUAGUAAUUUGUCGUCCGGUGAAAAUGCAGUCAAUGAAGAUUCUUUCAAAGAAAUUAUGAAAUUCCUUUUCGAAUUCAUUGAAAAGGACAAACAAACUGAAAAUGUGGUCGAAAAACUUUGUCAACGAUUUAAGAAUUUAGAUGAUAAACGACAAUGGCGAGACAUUGCCUUUUGUCUCUCCUUGUUACCCUACAAAAGCGAAAAAAGCUUUAGAAAAUUGGUCGAAGGACUGCAGAAUUUUCAAAAUAAACUACAUGAAGAGGCCGUGUAUAAAUAUUUUGUGGAAAUUAUAAAUAAGGCGAAUUCUCAAAAACCGCAAAAACCUGAAUUGAAGCAAAUCAUAGAUGAAUUUGAAAACCGAAUCACGGAGCUAAAAUCCUGA